AGCGCGGAACUGCCAAGUGUGUCCGCUUCGGGGUACCGUAGUGGCUUCUGCCCCGGCGGAGCGGGCCAAGCUGAGUUGGGCCGGGCCGGGCUGGGCUGCUGGGGCCGGGCUCGGCCCGGAGGUAGUCCCUGAUGGCUGCGGUGUUCCUGGUCACGCUCUAUGAGUACUCGCCGCUUUUCUAUAUCGCGGUGGUCUUUACUUGCUUCAUCGUGACCACCGGCCUGGUGCUGGGAUGGUUUGGUUGGGAUGUUCCAGUCAUUCUGAGAAAUUCAGAAGAGACCCAGUUCAAUACAAGAGUUUUCAAAAAGCACAUGAGACAAGUCAAGAACCCUUUUGGCUUAGAGAUCACCAGCCCAUCUUCAGCUUCACUUGCAACUGGCAUAACCUUGACAACAGAUUGCCUUGAAAAUAGCCUGCUUACAUGCUACUGGGGAUGCAGUGUUCAAAAAUUAUAUGAAGCUCUGCAGAAGCACGUUUAUUGCUUCAGACUAAGCACUCCCCAGGCAUUAGAAGAUGCUCUGUAUAGUGAAUAUCUCUACCAGGAACAGUAUUUUAUUAAAAAGGAUAACAAAGAAGAAAUAUAUUGCCAGUUACCAAGCGAUACUAAAAUUGAAGACUUUGGUACAGUGCCGAGAUCCCGCUAUCCAUUGGUAGCUCUGUUGACCUUAUCUGAUGAGGAAGACCGAGAAAUUUAUGAUAUUAUUUCCAUGGUAUCAGUAAUUCAUAUUCCUGAUAAGACUUACACACUUUCCUGCAGAAUAUUGUAUCAGUAUUUACUCUUGGCUCAAGGCCAAUUUCACGAUCUUAAGCAACUUUUCAUGUCUGCAAAUAAUAAUUCCACUCCCACUGGCAACUCCUCCCCAGAAGAGCAAAACAUGGACAGAAGUCUGCUGGCAAAGGCUGGGCUCUCUGAAAGCGAAGUGGAGCCGUCAGAGGGGACCAGCAAGGACUGCGUUGUCUGCCAGAAUGGGAGCGUGAACUGGGCGCUCCUGCCCUGCAGACACGCAUGCUUGUGCGACGGCUGCGUGAGGUAUUUCCGGCAGUGCCCAAUGUGCAGGCAGUUUGUUCAGGAAUCUUUUGCCCUUUGUGGUCAAAAAGAGCAAGACAAAGACAAACCGUAAACUCUUUGAGGAUGUUAUUACCAAUGAAAGUACACUUUCUCCUAAUGAUGCAGAAAAUUAUGUUCUUAGAAUUAAUCACAACAACGAAUUGACAGUCUCGACCAUCAGUGAAAGUUCUACUUCAACUCAUGUCUGUGUGGGAGGGGGAUGAUGACGGUCACUCCUUUUUGUUUAGUAUAGUGAAUGCUGGAACACCAUCUGUGUUAUGCAUAAACUUCAUUCAGCUCUUGAGAAGAAGGUAAAUGGCCUUUUCUCAGCCAGAUUUCUCAUAAUGCUGAUCAGAGAAAUUAUUCUGAAAGGUAAUCCAUCUAAAAUUUGAGGAAGCAUCUCACAAUUCCAUAUUUUUUUCCUUUGGUGUGAUUUAGAGUGCGACUAGGAAAAACCUUAAUUCUUCUCAAAGUAAUUGUUAUGUUCCUCAGUUUAUAAAGAAGUUGGAAAGGGCAUCCUAUUUAAAUCCUUUCCUGAAAUAGAGUUUUUAUAAACAUCCAUUGUUUUGGUUUCUAAUUUCCCUUAUCAUCAAAGUUACAUAAACACAAGUCUUAAAUUUUAAAUAUAGGUUCUUAAAUCAUAAUUGUAAGAUACAUUUCGAUGGAUGCAUGUUCAACACAGUGCAGUUUCCUGACUAGUCUCAGUAUGUCGUCAGUUACAACGAUAUUCAUCUUUAGCGGCAGAUGUGUAAAACUUGGAUAGAAAAAUGUUUGGAUAAUUCAGUGUAUUAAAUCGAUGUUAAAUGUGAUUACAUUAGCACAAUGUGAUCUACAGGGAAGGUCUGUGAGACCCUUAAUGCCUUACCUUAGAUUCCCUCCUGCACAGCAAAUCUAUCCAAAACUGAUAGGGGUUUUGGAACUAGAAGAAUCACUAAAAGAAACAAAUAACUAUUUUUUUCUAGUGUAUUUUUAUUCCAAAUAAACCCAAUAUCCUUCUGAAUAGUAAAUUA